AUGUCUUCGGAUGAAAGCGACUCCCCUCCUCGCUCCACCGCACUCCGCGCGCCCACCCCUAUCGCCCCUCCCGCGCAUGAUGGUGACGGUGACACAAACGGCAGUGCCACGCCAGAGCCAUUGGUGCAAUCACCUACACCCGCUCAAAUGGUGCUGCCAUAUCCAUCGGGUACACAACAAACCCAUUCCGAUCCCUCUCCGCCCUCUGCUUCACCCCCUGCCACUACCAUUUUGCCCGCUGCCAUUUCACAUCCUGUCGAACACAGUGAGCAUGCAAACUCAGCCCCACUUGGCGAAGUCAGUGAAAGUGAAACACACAAUACAGCGGGCGAACACAGUGAGAGUGAGCAAGAUGUUCUUCUCAGCGAUCCCGCUCCGCCCAUCGCUGCCAACGUGCUGGAUACCCAGCGCAAGGUCCUGCUGAAGACAUCUGGCCACAGGCAACUCCUCGCCUGCCCAUUUGGGCUUUGCAAAUGCAAGGGGCCCCGCCUUGACCGCAAAGCUUGGGUCAAUCAUGUACUACGCGAGCACCCCUACGACGAGCAAGCCACUGAUCUGGUCAAGCAGGUGAUGGAGGCCAAAUUGGUCGCCCAGUGCAACAAGUGUCACCUCUUCUUCGAAGCUGCUGGUAUCAGUCAACACCGCUCCCGAUGUGGUGCCAAACUGAAGCGAGCGACCGAGGCGUUGUUUCAUGCGGCUGGACACGACCUGCUUGAGAUUAUGCGUGGCGCUUGGCCCCAACAGUGUGUAGGGUCUCGCAUCAGUGUCUGCGAGCUGCUCAAGCUCGCCCGGCAUCCACUGAUGCAGCGCAGCCGCUACCCAUCCAACGCCACCGAGACCAAGCUGAUGGCUGCCACCUUGAGCCAGCUGUAUUGGUCUGCCGUCCACUCGGACUAUACCGCUGAAGAGCGAGAGAUGUCAGAUUGCCAAGCAUUUGAUGCCGACAAGGCUCGUGCCGUGAUUGGUAAUUCUGAGGUUCAGGCCGUGCGCGACCUCUUGGUACCGCCCGGGCUGACCCCGUACAUUGCUUCGACACCCGCCUCCACGUCUACACUGGCACCAGCCACGGCUGUGAGCUCCCCAACCGUUUCCUUCACCAAGGGUGAGCUCCCCAAGGCGUUGGCGGCCACGAAGGGCGUCACUGACCCCUAUGGUUGGUCUGGUGAGCUUCUUGCCUCCAUCUACCGCAUCAAGGAGCACUUCAGUCAAGUCUUGGGCCCACGCCAGGGUCCUACCAGCGACCCGACUGCUCCUUCUGAUGGAGACGCGCCUCAGGGCCCCACCACCGCCACUGGAGGUCCUCAGGUUGCCUUGAACAAGAUCUUUCACCACAUUGCCAACAACACCGUGCCCGAGUCGAUUCGACAUGCCCUUUGCUCCAUCAACUACACUAUCCUGGAGAAGGCCAAUGGCAAGUUUCGACCCGUGGGCACGGAUUCCAUCUUCAACAAGGUUGUCAACCGCGCUCUGCUCGAGCAACAGCAGCCCCAUAUUGCCCACUUGCUACAGGCCAGUCCAGAGCUGGCUGUCAGAGUCAAGGACGGCAUUUCAGCAGCGGUUGGCAUGGCCUUUGGUGAGCUUCAAGCCUGUGAGUCUACCCCGGGCUGGACUAUGCUCUCCCUCGAUUUCAAGAGUGCCUUCAACUACACCGACCGAGCACGGCUGCACGAGAUUGUGGCCGACAAGGUCCCUGGCCUCUUGCGCGCCUUUGAACGACACUAUGCUCGACCCACUACCCACUGCAUUGUCGACAAGUUCUUCAAGGUGAUUGACAUUGAUGUUGGCCAAGGCAUUGUGCAGGGCAACGAGCUAUCGCCCUUCUUCUUUGCCCUGUACUCCUGUGAGGUCCUGGGUCUCCUCGACGCCAGCACUGACUACCGCUGCAAGAUCAUCAAAUACCUCGACGACAUUGUACUGAUGGGUCCCGCGGAGGACGUGGCGGCCGACGUGGAGAUUGUCAAGGCUCGUGCAGAGUCUGCUGGCCUUCAUCUGCAGCCCAGUAAGAGCCGCUUCUACAUGCCUCGCCACCAUUCGGCUUCCAUCACUGCUAUCAAGUCUGUAUUGCCAGAUGCCAUGCGCGAGACGGCCAACACGGGCAUGACGGUCUUGGGAACGCCGAUUGGCCGUCGCGAGUGGAUGAAGAAGCAGCUGAACGACAAGGCAAAGCACAUUGCUGGCAAGCUCAAUGACAUGCUGACGACCGGUGUCUCGCUUCAGGCCCUCCUCACGGCCAUGCAGUACGUGCCUAGCCUCAUCAACCACCUCUACACGCUGCCCCCAAGUCUCACGUCGGGCUUCUUGACCAUGCGGGGUCGGGACAAGUUGCGUCGCUUGAGCGACACGACCUUUGCCAUUGCGGUUGUGUCCAUGAUGGGUUUUGGCCUCCAUGAACUCAUCAAUGUCAAGCCGACGGACAAGUGCCCGCUCUGCAGCAGCAGGACACCUCAGCCGCGACUGACCCGCGAGCACCUGUUGACCUGCCGUCCCAUCAAGCGUCACAACGCCCUUCGCGACGAGAUGGGCCGCCUGCUCAGGUACGCCACCCUCUCCCAUGUCUGGGUGGAAAAGUCUGGCUACAACGCCAACGGUCAGAGCUGCCGCAUCGACCUGCACUGCCGCAACCCCUUUCCCGGCGGUGCUCUGGGCCCAGCUCUGCCCGACCUGGGCAUUGACGUGACUGUGCGCACAGCCCAACCCCCGACCACCUCGCAAGCCUGCAUCAAGGUGGGCGCUGCCCUUCGCCGAGCCGAAAAGGAGAAGCGCGACUACUACACCGGUUUCAACCAUGGAAAAACUCUGAUCGUCCCUGCGGCGAGGACGACAACCGGUGGGUUCGCCUCCUCCUUUGUGGAUCUGCUUGGUCAGCUCGCCCGCUGCGCCGAGGCCCGUGGUGUGUACCAGCCGGGGCUGGACGAGGCCUUUGUUCCUCGGUGGAAGGGUCGCUUUGCGGCGCUGGUCCAUCAGAUGAACGCUGACCACAUCCAGCGCCACUUUGGCGGUGUCUGCCUGCGCUCGUCGUAG